CGACAUUGCCAGCCAUGUUUUUCUCACAACAACACAUCACAAUCGCCUUCUGGCUCCUCCAAGCCGCGGUAGCCCAAGUCCCCUCCCUCCCUCAGGAUCCGCGCAUCACAACGCCAACAGGCAGUCGCUCAUACUGCUAUGGAGUGAUUGAUAUGCAACUCGCAUGCCAGACGCUGACGCCCAACUGGACUACCCUCGCACCGAGCGAUCAAGCAUCAUGUUACUGCUAUGACGCGUCUGGGAGUUAUGUUCCGAGCAUUUACGACAACGCGGCUAGCAAGUGCUGGAUUGGGUGAGCGAAGCAAUACGUAGUGAGGUCUGUGUUGUCCUGAGACACAGCUGACCCUUCUGCCCUGUCGACAUGUAGGUACAUUCGAAUCAACCAGACGGCAGAUGUAGACUGGUACAGCAGCCGGAACAUUGAUGCCUGCUCUCGCUUCGCUUCGGCCACCAGUCUGGCUAGUUGGACUUCCUUUGUACCGCCAGCCGCUGCUGUGGCCUCAUCUACCCGCACAAACGCACCGAGCACUACUGGGGCUGGAACUGCUACCGCAGCCUCGACGACGGUGUCU